CCGUGGCCGAGGCCAAGGCCGAGGGAGAGCUGCUGUGGCAGAAAAUUACAUGGAUCACCAUGAAACAUCUGUACCUUCUUCACCGAGUACCAUUUCUGAUAGAGAGGACAAUGUUGAGUUCACUCCGGAACAAGACCCUGUGCCUUGUUAUGCAGGACAUGUGGAAUCUGCAUCCAGCACACUACUCAAUCCUAAGAUUAACCACCGUUCCGAUGCAAUUUUUGGUGAUCAGGCUGUGGAUCAGUUGAAGCUGCGUCACCACAAACCACUAAAAUUUCAUGAGAGAUAUCGUCCCUAUUUGAGGGAUGCUGGACUUCUUGGGCUCUCACAAAUUUGCCAGAAAAUGCCUCAGUUGGACAAAGCCUUGAUUACUGCUCUUGUUGAGCGUUGGAGGCCAGAGACCCACAGCUUCCACUUGGCUUCAGGGGAGAUGACAGUUACACUUCAAGAUGUUGCAAUGUUGUUUGCUCUUCCUAUUGACGGCCGCCCGGUUUGUUCUACAACGGAUCAUGAUUAUGGGCAGAUGGUCGUUGAUUGUCUGGGUCAUGAUCCAAGAGGUCCAUCAAUGCCUGGAAAGUCCUUCUUGCAUUACAAAUGGCUGAAGAAGCACUUCUAUGAGUUACCAGAAGAGGCUGAUGAGCAGACAGUACAGAGGCAUGUUCGAGCAUAUAUCCUGAGCCUCUUAUGUGGGGUGCUCUUUCCAGACGGGACAGGAAGGAUGAGUCUGAUAUAUCUUCCACUGAUUGCUGAUCUUUCCCUUGUUGGAACAUACAGCUGGGGCUCCGCAGCUGUCGCCUUCCUAUACCGAGCUCUUUGCUCUGUUGCCUCCUCCCACAAUAUCAAGAACAUCGGUGGUUCGUUGCUUCUCUUGCAGCUUUGGAGCUGGGAGCACUCCCAUGUUGGCAGACCAUUGGCUCGGUCUCCUCUAUGCAUGGAGACGGACAUCCCACAAGACCUGCCCCCAAUUGGCUUUCGUUGGGUGGGUGCUCGCGCACAAAGCGAGAAUGCUACUCGCUGUCUUAAGCAGUACAGAGAUGAGCUAAACCUGCAGCGAGCAGAUCAGUUGAAAUGGGAACCAUACAUGCUCAUUGAGUCGUCGAGCUUACCACCACUCUGCACAAAAGAUGCCGACCUGUGGAUUACUCAAGCACCGCUAAUAAAUUUUCCUAUAGUUGAGAUGUAUCUGCCUGAGCGAGUUAUGAGGCAAUUUGGACUCCGCCAAUGCAUUCCACCACCUUUUCGACCUACACUACAGACAUUACAUCGUAUUAGUCGGCGUGGUAGAGAGCGUGAAGACUGGGAAGAGACACAUCAUGAGUAUAUUCAGGAGUGGGAAGCACGGCGACAUCGCAUAUUUCGGGAGGCUGAACAAUAUGAUUUGUCAUCUUAUGACGAGUAUCUACAGUGGUACUCUGGAGCUACACGGCGGUAUCUUGUGCCAUCAACCAGUGAUGAUGCUGAAGCAGGACUUUUAUCUCCACCUGAUGAUUUAUCUGAUCUUCAAUACAAAGCCAAGUCUCCCAUGAUCCGCAAAGCGGUCGAUAAGCUGCAUGGUAUGAUGAAGAAGGCCAAGACAGCCAUGUCAUCCACAGCUGAUACGGCCACACAAGCCUUAGUUUAUGAAUUCCUGCACGGUUUUGAAGAUGUCCUCCAUGAUCUUGGUGAGAUGAAGGAAAAGAGUGGCCCAGAGGCUCCAGCUUUUGGUUCAGCCACUGGCUCAUAUGUUGACUCAGCUGCCACCCAUGAUGAGCCCCUACAUUUGGUUGAAGCUGAACAGAACAUCAUAAGUGAUGAUCAAGAAGUUCAGUACCAGGAAAAUGAGGACCUUCACACAGUUGAGCAGGAUACACUGUCCCUCGAACCAAUGGACGAGGAAAACCACAGUUCUGACAAUUUGCUACUUGGUGUGGAGGAAAAUUAUGGCUCGGAUUCAUUGGCCAUCGAGAACUGUGGGGCAGAAGAGUAUGUCAUUCCACAGCACAAUGAGGAUGGCGAUCAAGCUGGACAUCCUGCCGAUAUGGAGCAUAGUCUAGUGCUGUUGGAACAUAUGUCUGCCUGCGAGGAAAACAACGGUUUCGACGGGUCUCCCUCUCCUGGACCUUCGUCUCCAGCACUGGCAGCAAUGUGCGACCCGGCAACGGAAAAUGGCGGCUUGGACAGGCAAGGCGCACAACAGAGCGAUGAUGCCAAACUGGGCGAUAAAGAUGUAGCAGUGGUGAAACAUGCAGAUGCGGAAAACAACAGCAACGGCUGUAAUGGUGUUUCUUUGUCCGACCCUUAGUUCGUCCAUUAUGCAAAGGAGGCAGGUGGCACCGAGUCCGUCCCCGCCGAGGCACUGAUCAACUUCAGUGUCACGUACGUAGUGAUCUGAAUUUAGACGCCUUUUUUUUGGAGGUUCAGCCUGAUUUAUGUUGCAGAUUUCAUUGGGUUAGCUACGCAGCCUGAUUUGCGGUCGGUGGCAUGAUUAUCUAUUCCAGUCGACACCUUUGUUUUAUUACUGUACUAGUUAGUUGUUAAUAAUCAUGUAGCAGCUUGCAUAUCCCUUGCUAACAGAUAGUAUCUCAGGUUGAUUCCACUAGUGUAUAGAGGAAAAA